AUGUUCCGAUUGUUGAUUGCAUCGUCGCUGAUCGCCAUGGGUCUGGCCGUUCCAGUUGCUCAGGUCCAUCAGCACCCAGAGGCCCAUGCCCAGAUCCUGUCGUACGAGAAUGUUCUGCAUGACGAUGGCCACUACAAUUGGGCUUACCAGACCAGCAACGGAAUCGCCGCCAAUGAGGAAGGCCUCGGUGGACACGGUGCCAACGGAGCGUUCUCCUACACUGGUCCCGAUGGUGUCCAGUACCGUGUGGUGUACGUCGCCGAUGAGAAUGGAUUCCGCCCGGAAGGUGCCCAUCUGCCAACUCCUCCACCAACCCCAGACCAUGUGCUGAAGUCUCUGGAGGAGAUCCGUGCCAACCCACCAAAGGACCAGAAGGACUUCAGCCUGGCAGCGCUGGAUGCCACCAUCGCCCGACUGAAGCACUAA